GAAUAUAUAACGAUCCACUCACACACACUCUCUCUCGUCAGCUAUAUCAGUUUGAGCCAACCAAGCUCACAGACCAGAGAAAGAAGAUAACAUGGCUCUCAGAAUGUGGGCUUCUUCAACGGCCAAUGCACUUCGAAUCUCUUGCGGCGCCAAGGCCCCUCUCUCUCCGGCCUUCUCUCUCUCUAGAUGCUUCUCUUCUGUUUUGGAUGGAUUGAAAUACGCUAGCUCACAUGAAUGGGUGAAGCAUGAAGGUCCAGUGGCUACUGUUGGCAUCACUGAUCAUGCUCAGGGUCAUCUUGGAGAGGUUGUGUUUGUUGAGUUGCCAGAACCAGGGGGUUCAGUUUCUAAAGGUGGAAGCUUUGGAGCUGUUGAAAGUGUGAAAGCAACCAGUGAUGUCAACUGUCCAAUUUCAGGCGAAAUUGUUGAGGUGAACUCGAAGCUUACCGAAGCACCUGGUUUGAUCAACUCAAGCCCUUAUGAAGAAGGAUGGAUGAUCAAAGUGAAACCAAGUAGUCCAUCAGAACUGGACUCCUUAAUGGGUCCAAAGGAAUACACAAAAUUCUGUGAGGAAGAAGAUGCCUCCCACUAGAAGUCAACUUUUUUUUUUUCGGGUUAUUGACACUCUUUCUGGUUCUCUUCUUUUCAUGAAGAAAAUGUCAGCCUCUUGAUACUGUUAAGGUUACUAUUGCUUACAAUCCUCCUCUUGGAUAUUGGAGAACCAGAGAUUAAAUCCAAUUAGCUUUUUAUUUUCUUUCUUCCUUUUUUGUUAUUGUGCAUCUUCAUGUAAUUAAAGCCCAUUUCCUUCUUCCUAAAAGUACAUCCCUUUCCAUCUUGGAGUGGGUCUGAUUUUGCUUUCUUUUA